AUGGUGAUCAUCUCUUUAGGCGAGGACCUCCCGUACGAGGUCCCGCGGUCGAAAGGCCCGGACAAGACUGGCCCUCCGGACGAGGAGUCGAAAGGGCGUGAGGUCACCCGUGGCCACGAGGUGCAGCAGGCGGUCAGACCGCACGAACCGCAAGAGCGUCCUGCCAAGGCAGCGGUUAAGGCGGAGGUCAAGCCGAGUGCCUCCAAGCGAGCUGGCUCCGCAAAGAAGGAUGGGGCGAAGGCAAAGGAAGGCAAGGAGGCCAGGCCUCCCGAGGCCAAGUCAGAGGCCAAGCAGAAGAAAGCCAAGGACGGAAAAGAGAACAAGGAGGUUCUGCAGCUUGGAAAGCUGGAUGACUUGCAGCUGGAGGUGCGCCGGGCAGGUGGCGAACCUGUCGACACUGGCGUCAAGCAGCUUCGUGCUGCCCUCUUUGAGCUCACGACAGCCUUCCAAGCUGGCAACAAAGCCGCUGCUUUCCAGGCCUUGGGGCAGCUGGCGGGCAAUCCGCAGGGUCGCCCGGCAGCAAGUGCAUCCAUCGAAACGCACAUGACGCCUACAAAGCUUGCAGACGCUGCCUGGAUUUAA